AUAAAAAAAUGUCAGAAGAAUGAAUAAAAUCGAAAAUUAAUCUCUGUCAUAAAUAUAAUAGUUUACUUAAGAUUUUUUGUAAAUUCGAAUUGCUAGUGCAUAUAUAAGAUACGCUACAUUACUUUGGCACUAAUCAAUAUGACUAAUUAUUAGUUAAUCAACGAAAGUGAAGGUGUUUGAAAUUCACACCAAACGAUAAGUUUUGGUUCUUUUUGUUUCAUUAAGACGUUUGUGAUUUUAACUGCCCCGAUGCCUGAAAGCAUAAAACUUUUAGGGACAACAUGUAUGACAUGUUGUCGGAAUUCCGAGUAUCAGAGUUUGAUUCAUUUGUGGAUAUAUUAAGGUUGACUCCAGGGGAUCCGUUAGAUACUUUUGGUGAAAUGUGGUAUCCCGUGUUUUUGUGGUCAUUGUGCUCGUCUGCCUUUGUUCAUACUUGUGCAGCACUUGUAGCAUUUGGAACUUUAAGAAAGCACAAAUAUGGGAAGUUUUUUCCUGUGUUGUUAAUAGUGAUGGGUGUGGUGAGUCCAGUUACAUCAGGUGUAGCUACUAGCGCUGCUAUCGCGUUUAUUUACCGAGCCGCCAAUUUAGCCAUGCCACCAAUACAUGCUAUGAUAUGGGGUAUAGGACAGACUAUACUGGGAGCUGGUAUUGGAUUUACAAGAAUUUUAGCUACCUUGUAAUAGUCAAAAACUAUAUCACUACAUUUUAUACAAUAAAGUUCAACAAUAAUUUGAACAAGUAAGUUCAAAGCUAUAGCUAUGUCAAUUAUAAUAGUGUAUGGUAAGGUGAAAAUAUCUUAAGAAAUGGUGCUGAAUUUCACAUAGUUUCUUAAUAUGUUUGCAUCAUAAAUAUAAAAAUACUCAUUAGUGUACACUUUGUGCUCGCUAUUAGUAGUGAUAUUUCUUUUCAUUCUUUGAGGAUUUUUUAUUUGCAUACUGUAGAUAUUAAUCACCCUUAUUGUAAAGGACUUUGUAAAGAUUGUAAACCAUCCAUGUUUUGUAGUGUAUAAAUCUUAUAGUAUAAUGAAAAUUAUGGCAAGCAAACAUUUGAUACAACUAUUUAUGUAGAUUUCUGUUUGAAUAUCACUUUGUAAAUACUUAAUUAUUUAAAAACUUGACUGAAAAUUGACAAAGUGCUUUUGAUAACGUUCAUAGAUGUAAUCGUAAUAUGCAUUCCAUAACAAUUAAAAAAAUGUCUAAAAUAUUACUCAUAAUUAAAUGCUUAUGACAAUGUAAAUUUUGACUUAAAAAAAGCUUCAUCAAAAAAUAAACAACCAUUAAUUAUGUAGUAACAGUUGGAAAAGAAAAACGUAAAGAUUGUUAAUUUGAGUUAAA